CACACACUGGCCACAAUGCCUCCUGGGGCCUUGGACUUUGGCUGUUUGAAGCUUUGUCCUGCCUGGGCCAGCUGUACUCUGGGUGAACAUGGCCGGCUGUGUCUUGCUGCUGCGAGGUUUCAUUGUUGUCUUCAUUGUCAUCCUUACCCUGCACCAGGUGGAGCUGUCAGUGUUUCUUCAAGCCUCACACGCAAACAACGUUCUGGGGAGAUGGAGGCGUGCCCGUUCCUAUCUCCUGGAAGAGCUUUUUGAAGGAAACUUGGAAAAGGAAUGCUAUGAAGAAAUCUGCAUCUACGAGGAAGCAAGAGAAGUAUUUGAAAAUGACAUUAGCACUGAUGAGUUCUGGAGACAGUACUGGGGUGGCACCCCAUGCAUCUCUCAGCCCUGCCUCAACAAUGGAUCAUGCCAGAACCACAUCCGAAAUUAUAGCUGCACCUGCACCCCAGGCUACGAGGGCAAGAACUGUGCAAUGGCUAAAAAUGAAUGUUACCCAGAGAGGGCAGAUGGGUGCCAGCACUUCUGUCGCCCAGGGCAGGUGUCCUACAUGUGCAGCUGUGCAAAGGGCCACAAGCUGGGCAAGGACCAUAAGUCAUGCAGCCCAAAUGACCAAUGUGCGUGUGGGGCCCUGACUUCUGAACACACCGUGACAUCCGGGAGGAAUGAGUGGAGGCCACCAAGCUUCCCAUGGCAGGUCAAGUUAACAAAUUCCAAAGGAAAGGACUUUUGUGGUGGUGUUCUAAUUCAGGAAGACUUUGUAUUGACAACAGCAAAAUGUUCAUUACUAUACAAAAAUAUUAGUGUGAAAGCAAAUGCUGAUGGGCGGAGUGAGGACCAACCUAUAGUCAGGAUCAGGCACACUCAUGUGCACAUGCGUUACGACGAGGAGUCAGGGCAGAAUGAUGUCUCUUUGCUGGAGCUAGAACAGCCCUUACAGUGUCCCAACUUGGGGCUCCCUGUCUGCAUUCCUGAGAGAGACUUUGCUGAGCAUGUCCUUAUCCCUGGGACACAGGGCCUCCUUAGUGGCUGGACACUCAACGGUAUGAACCUGGGUACUACAUUACUGAUGCUGCCAGUCACUCACAUGGAUGGGGAGGAAUGUGGACAGGCCCUGAAUGUGACCGUCACAACGAGGACAAUCUGUGAGAAGAGCAGCAUGAUGGCUGGGAAGUUGGUGGAGGGGAGUGUGGUCACUAGAGAACACAAGGGUACCUGGUUCCUCACUGGGAUUCUAGGCUCACAGCCAGCAACAGGGCAGGAACAUACAUUCCUCCUCACCACUGUUUCAAGAUACUUGCUCUGGUUUAAACAGAUCAUGAAGUAGCUGAGAGUCAGCUAGUCAGAAAGGGCCAAAUACAUGGUAGAAUUCCAAAUUUCAGUGCAGCCAAGGGAACAGAUUGAAGUCCUGCAACAAACAGUUCCAAGGCUAUCAGAUCCUAACAGUAUCAGUUACUACUGGAUAUUGAUGUUUCCUGGGAUUUUUUUUUUUUCUGAGACAGGGUCUCAUGUUGCCCUGGCUAGCCUGGAACUAUGUAGACAGACUG